CCCAUCGGAAACGGCAAGACACUACCCGUAAUCAAUAUCGAUUGUCGAUUGCUCCGCAUGUGCUUCUGCUGUUUCCCAUUCGAAGUUGCAAGAAACUACCUCUAUACCUUCUAGCAGUUUAUAUGGGUGGUAAUUAGAGUUUGGAGACAAGGAAGAGGAGGCAGCUUGGACCGACUCUAGGAUAAAGAAUCCAUCAUACAACUUUCAAAUUCUCUGCAUUUUCCAAUCCAGAAGACCAUCCAUCACCAUUAACCCUGAACUUCAGAUCGUGGAGAGCCAAAGUUCAAGAAGCAUGAGGAAGAGAAUCGGGGGAAUUAGAGAGGAGAUUGGAAGACAACAAAAGGCAAUAGGCUAUUAAAGGGCAACUAGCAGUUAGAAUCGAAGCUAUUGGGUGUGAGAUUAGAGAAGAGAUCGGACGGACGAGAAAGCUACUUUCUCACCGGCAUUUCUAAGAGAUCCUCUAUUGCUUGGAAGGAUGUGGUUAAUUCGAUGUUAGGGGGUCAGCCGUCUUGGAGAAGGAGAGACAACGUGAUAUGCAAAGGAAAGAAAUUGGAGAGGAAUGAGGGAAGGAUCUUCGAGAGGAGUUUAGGUAGAAGAGAGGAUAAGUGAACACACAGGACGAGAUUGAAGCGGUGAUGGGGUAAAGGAGGUCGCUGCUGGGAUGUAUUACAUUGUGGCCGCCGGGAUGUUUGAAUGAAACAGAGAAUAAGGGACAGUGGAGAGAGAAGCAGGAGAAUGAAAAUCAAGCAACAGGCCUUGCUGGGAUUCCUUAGAUUAGCGUCUACAGGUGAAAAUUUCUUCCUUAGACCUUGUUUGGUUUGGUCACGCAAACCAAACCAUUACAGGUUCCAGCAACAAACGCCAAUCUUAUCCCGGAUCCGGUAUCUCGCUAAUACAGCUACAAGAAGGAAGUUCCUUAAAUGCACCGUCGGACAUCUGGCUGCUGGCAUUUAACCUGUAAAAUGGAGGGUCGUGUCCUAAACAAGAAAGCAGUCUCUGAUGCUUGCCACUUUCAUUGGCCUGAAUCGCAUGUUUUUUUAUCCAUCUUAUGUCAGUCAAUAAUGAAAAGAAGAGUUUAGAAACGCAUUGGAGCCGGAGAAGAUCUAUGGCCGGUAAUCUUAAAAGUAUUUCUGGAAUUAGAUCAAGUGGUAUGGCAUUUGAUUUGCUUUCUGUUCCUCUCCUCUUUCUUUCAUCUGCCG